CACCUAUAAGAAAAAAUCAAAAUACUCAAUAGAAUUCGAAUUACUACUAAAAACUUCGCGUUUUCUAAGCAAUUAGAACAAACUCAUUUUGACAGUCAAUUGUUAACGGAACCUGCCAUUCGAUCCAACGCGUUUUCUCUUUAAAUUACAAGAAAAAAAAAAAAUGUUUUUAAUUGAUAACAUGUGAUCAUUCCAAAAAAUUCAAAUUUCAUUCAAAUCAAUUACGAAAAUUGUCAAAAGUGUCUGAUGCACUGUGCUCGUACCAUAACGAUCGAUCAUUAUUUAAAGACGUUCGAAGGUUAAGAAUAAACAUAAGAUGCCGAUUCAGAAGGUGAAGGCUCGUCAGAUAUUCGACUCAAGAGGAGAUCCUACUUUAGAGGUCGAUCUGAUUACGGACAUUGGUCUGUUCAGAUCGUCUGUACCUAGUACAUUGGUAAUAAAUCCCAACCAAGCACAAGAAAUCAGAGAUGGAAAUGAGGCUGCUUAUCAUGGUCGCUCGGUCUUUAAGGCCGUCGAUAUAAUCAACAACGUGAUAGCACCGCAAUUAUUAAAAUCGAAAUUAGAAGUUUGUCAACAAAUGGAGAUUGAUAGUUUUUUAAACAGAUUAGAUGGUACUGAGAAUAAAUCAAAAUUGGGUUCUAAUUCAAUCUUGGGAGUCUCUUUGUCAUGCUGCAAAGCUGGUGCAGCAAAGAAAGGUCUUCCGAUUUAUAGGUACAUCGCUGAAUUAGCAGAGAAUAGUGAUCUGUAUUUGCCAGUACCAUGUUUCAACAUGAUCAGUGGUGGUAGACUCGCCGGUAAUAGUAUACCAUGUGAAAAAUUUAUGAUACUACCGAUAGGAGCUGAAAGUUUUGUCGACGCUAUGAAGAUGGCUAACGAGGUCUAUCGCGUUUUGGAGAGGAAAAUUGCUGAGAGCCAAGAAGUACAAUUACCACUUUCCGUUUGCGACGAUGGUGCUUUCGCGCCACUUCUCGAAGACGACAAGGAUGCUUUGACUCUUAUAGACGAAUCGAUAAAGGAUGCUGGAUACGAAGGAAAGAUAAAGAUCGCAUUAGAUAUGGCGGCUAGUGCAUUUUAUAAAGAAGGAGGUUACGAUUUAGCCUUCAAAACUGAAGAAUCUGAUCCCGAAGAUUAUAUGGAAGCCGAAGCAUUGAAGGAACAAUAUGUAGAUUAUCUUACCGAGUAUCCAUCGAUUGUCUCGAUCGAAGAUCCCUUCGAUCAGGAAGAUUGGGAGGGCUGGUUGACUUUAGCCGAUCAAGAAAUCCAAGUGGUCUCGGACGAUUUAACAGCCAUGAAUAUAGAAAGAAUCGAGGAAGCGGUAGAACGACAGAUGGCUAAUUGUCUUGUUCUAAGAAUGUCACAAAUCGGUACAGUCACCGAGGUAAUCAAUUGUGCCAGAAUGGCAAGAAUCAAUGGUUGGGGAUAUGUCAUCGCGGCUGGACAAUGCGAAACGGAGGACAAUUUUGUAGCUGAUCUAGCCGUAGGCUUGUCCGCUGGUCAAUUUAAGGGAGGAGCACCGUGUAGAAGCGAAAGAACAGCCAAAUACAAUCAGAUCAUUAGAAUCGAGGAAGAACUUGGAAAGGAUGGAAAAUACGCCGGGUUCAAUUUCAGAAAUCCCCUCGCCAAAUAACCGUUUGAUAAUAUUGAUUGAUAUUAAUUUUGCAAUAACCGAUCGUAUUGACUUACCAUCGCCCGUGCAAUAAUAUCCGUGAAAUCUAUCGAAGUAGGUGCUUUGAAAACGUUGAUGAUUCUCAAAGAGACUUCUCAUCAUGCCUGGCCAAGGUUGUCGAAAAACGAGAUAUCCUUCUCCUUCGCCCUCAAUUACAUGACCAUCUUCAUCCAAUAAUUCCGGUAGUACUCCAAA